CAUCACAGAAGUAGCACGGCAGCGCCUCCACCGCACACGGCCUAUCACGCCCGCCCAGGCCGGGCAGUCGUCGUACCGACGUCCAGCCAUGCAUGCUGAAAAUAUCCUUCCGGCUCCGGCAGGCAACCAGGGCCUGCCGCACGCUCUCCUGCAGAUAUUUCUACACAUCUUUGCAUGCACCAUUGUGGUGCCGCACAUUCCAAUGGCCACUCUCACCACUCCUCCGGCCACUCUGCAGCCAUGCGAGCACGCGGCGAGGGGCGGCCGCGCGCUCUGUUCCCCUUGGAGCAGGAGUAGGAUCAGAUGCCGCCGGGCCCGGGCGAUAAGAAUAAGAGCAGAGGCGUCGACGGGCAGCAGCAGCCGGGUGGCCGUAGUAGGAGGCGAUGGCAUCGGCGAGGAUGCCGGCGACGUGAUCCGGAGGCUGCAGAACGGGCCGGACGUGCGCGGCGUGGCGCUGGAAGGGGAGAAGGGCCGGCCCGUGGACCUCACGCCGCUGGCCGUCGAGCUCAUCGGCGAGAGCUUCGGGGAGUGGCUGCACGACCAGCGGGAGGCCCAGGAGCAGCAGGUGCGGGUGUCGGUGGGCCGGGACCCACGGCUGUCAGGGCCGCGGCUAUCCGCGGCGCUCUUCGCCGGGCUCGCCAGCGCCGGGUGCGCCGUCUUCGACAUGGGCCUCGCCACCACGCCGGCCUGCUUCAUGAGCACCAUCCUGCCCCAGUUCAGCUAUGACGCCUCUAUCAUGAUGACAGCGUCGCAUCUCCCCUACACCCGCAACGGCCUCAAGUUCUUCACCAAGCGCGGCGGGCUGACAUCCAACGAGGUGGAACGCAUCUGCGACCUGGCAGCACGCAAGUACGCGGCCAGGAAGAAGAUGGCCGGCGGCAACAACAACAACAUGCCGCCGGCCGUGCCGCAGGUGGACCUGAUGAGCGCGUACGCGGAGCACCUCCGCGACAUCAUCAAGGAGCGCGUGGCCCACCCGACCAGCUACGACACCCCGCUCGAGGGCUUCAAAGUCACCGUCAACGCUGGCAACGGCUGCGGCGGCUUCUUCGCGACCGACGUCCUGGCGAAACUCGGCGCCGACACGAGCGGCAGCCUCCACCUGGACCCGGACGGCACGUUCCCGAACCACAUGCCCAACCCGGAGGACGCCACGGCCAUGUCGCUCACCCGCGGCGCCGUCCUGGCGCACGGCGCCGACCUGGGCGUGGUGUUCGACACCGACGUGGACCGCAGCGGCGUCGUCGAUUCAACCGGCGCCGCAAUCAACGGCGACAGGCUAAUCGCGCUCAUCUCCGCCAUCGUCCUCCGCGAGCACCCGGGCACGACGGUCGUCACGGACGCGCGCGCCGGCGACGGGCUCACGCGGUUCAUCGAGGCCAGGGGCGGGCGGCACUGCCUGUACCGCGUCGGCUACCGCAACGUCAUCGACAAGGGCGCGCAGCUCAACGAGGACGGCGUGGAGACGCACGUCAUGAUGGAGACCACGGGCCACGGCGCGCUCAAGGAGAACCACUUCCUCGACGACGGCGCCUACAUGGUGGUCAAGAUCGUCAUCGAGAUGGUCCGGAUGAGGCUGGCGGGGUCCGAGGGAGGAGUCGGGAGCUUGAUUGAGGAUCUGGAGGAGCCGGCGGAGGCCGUGCUGCUGAGGAUGGACAUCGGCGGUGAACCCAAGUACGCUAAACAAAGGGGGAUUCAGGCGGUCGAGACUUUCAAGGAGUACAUCCAGGAAGGGAAGCUUGAGGGUUGGGUGCUUGAUGAUUGUGGGGAUUGCUCGGUCGAUCAGGGAUGCCUCGUCGACAGCAACGACCAUCCAAUUGAUGUCGACGCCUACAUGUACAGGGCAAAAUUUUAUGACGAGUCUCUGGGGCAAGUGGGCUGGGUUCACAUCCGACAAAGUGUCCAUAACCCCAAUAUAGCGCUAAACAUGCAGUCUUGUAUUCCUGGUGGCUGCAAAUCGAUGGCAACUGAUCUUUUUCACAGGUUUUUGUUGACAAGUGGAGUAAACGAGUUUGUUGACAUCACUAAAGUACAGAACUUUGUCACGUUAGAUUCAUGAUCGUUGGCAUUGUACAUUGUGUAUACAUAGCGGUCCCAUAUCAGAUCCUAGUUACGGCAAUAAAGAUCUUACUGCGACAUGAAAGGGUUGAGAAGUUACCCGAAUUUGUUAGCUGUUGGAAACGAUGCCGACUUGUGCUAGACGCAGCGUCAGUGUUGUGAUGGAACCAGAUUACUGUUUUUUCGAUCUGUGGCUUGGAUUAUCCAAGUCAAACUCUAUAACUGUCCUCUGAACUGGCAAA